AUGGCGUCGGAGGUGUUAGAACCGCGAGAUGUCACCUUUCGAAACUACACUACCGACCAAGCUUCCGACUACGCUGCGGGACGACUUGGCUACACCGAUGCUCUUAUCGACUUCAUUCUCAACUAUCACAGAUCCACUAAUGGAGAGACUGGAUGUGUAGUGGAUGUCGGUUGUGGACCAGGCACUGCGACUCAAAAGCUAGCGCCGCACUUUGAUCUAGCUUAUGGCGUUGAUCCGGGAGAGAGUAUGAUCACAACAGCUACUACUCUUGGUGGAAAGACUGGAACUGGCGCCCCAAUCGUAUACAAGCUGAGCACGGCAGAAGAUAUUGACAAGAUCAAUGACAUUCCCCAUUCCUCUAUCGAUAUGAUAACAGCUGCUACUGCGGCUCACUGGUUCGAUAUGCCGAGGUUCUGGGCAGCAGCAGCCAAGGUGCUGAAACCAGGAGGAACUGUCGCAAUCUGGACAGUUUUCAGACAAUCGGGCUCAUUCAACAAUAACACCGAACUUCAAUCCAUCUUUAACGACUUUCUGGACGCUCUUGCCCCUUACUCAACCGCAAGCACCCAUCUCACUCAAAGCGGUUAUGUAGCUCUUCCCAUGCCUUGGGAUGAUCCCGAUACUUCUGCGUUUUAUGAUCACCGAGUACCUACGCGCCAUGUGCUCACUGCUGAAGACGGCUUCGUCCCCGACGCAGGCAGGACGGGAACCGAGCGGAGCAGAGUUGGUGAGCCCCUAGACAAACAGCUCCUAAUGAUAGAGAGAUUGGUAGGAACAUUCGGUUCAGUGAGUCGCUGGCAGAAAGAGAAUCCUGAGCUCGUGGGGACAGAAGAAGACCAUGUCCGGAUCCUGAUGAGUAAGGUACGGAAAUUGUUGGAAGACAGUGGAGAGCCAAUCGAUUUGUCAACCUUGUCGGCAAAGAUGGCUGUUGCACUGAUAUUGGUGAAGAGGAGGUGA